AUGACGUUCAACGGUAAGUCGCGGCAUUGAACAGACGGCAGUGAUGUUGACUGCGCAUAAUAAUCUUCAUGCAGGCCCACAAGUUCAAGAAGAGUGUACUGCAAAGCGUUUAUUCAUGAUGCUGAAUAAAAGAGUCCAGUGGCGGUCUGUACGUUUUCCUGAAUAUUUUCUACCCCUCUGCAGUCAAGCUUCCAGACGACAGUGUUUGUCCAUCACAGCGCCAUGGCACCACGGGACAUUGGCCCUCACAUAAACCAUCGGCAACAAGAAAUUAUAAUUAACUUUAUGGAGCGAAAUCCCCGUUUAGUGAAAUCAGGAGAUCUGGACCCAAAAUUCACAGCUCAGAGAAAAAAAGAAAUGUGGGAGGAGCUCGCGAAAUUGUUAAACGAUGCCGGCCCUCCCACAAAGCCCGUGGUGCAGUGGCGUUGUUGGUGGAACCGAUUUGUGAGUCGGGCCAGGGCGGACGCAGGAAACCUAUCCGCCGAGAUGAAGUCUACCGGCGGUGGACUCCUUGGGGGAGCGAAGGGCCGAGUGCUCGCCCUACUCGGGCCUGCGAGUACAGUACCGGUGCGGCCUGCGCCUUUCUUGAGCAGUCAAUGCGAAAGCGACUCCCAGCAACAGCAGCCAAACACCUCAGCUGUGACUGAGGUGUCACAGCCAGGCGACACCUCAGCACCUCGGCAGCAACCACCAUCGGCAAGCACCGGCGUCACGGGCGGAAGGUGUACUGCCAGCCGGCCUCCAAGAGCUGCAUCAAGAGGCCGCUUGCUGCAGCAGGCUGUGGGGGACACCUCAAGAAGGGUAGCCCUCGCAGCCGCAAGAAACGAGGUGGCUGAAAAAUUAUUGGAAGAGUCCCGCAAGCAAACUGCUGAGCUGCGGGUGCUGAACAACCAAGUCGGCAGGCUGGCCGACGCCAUGGAGCGGCAGGCCGACGCCCUGGAGCGGCAACUGAGGCCAAUAUCCGAGUUGGCCACAGUCCUGGCCUCAUUUCUAACAAAUUACACACCACAAGUUUAGUGGUUAUAUUUAACGAAUGUGUAUGUAUUAAAAGUUCUUAAAAAUACCAGCAUAUGUUUCAAGGUUUACUAGUAAUGUAGUGUGGCAAUGUCACAGGUGAAACUGCCCCAAAUUAUUUUUCAGCAAUUCUUGGAGCAAGUAACAUUGCGUGUUAGAGCAGUCUGGAGCAGACAUAAUUGUAUUUUGGAUCAAUUUGGGGCACAAAAUAUUCAUUUUGAUGCAAUUUGGGGCAGGCCAAUGUCAAUUUUGGUGGAAUAAUGGAAUUUACAGGGCACUUCGAAAGCACAUAGGUACAUUAAAGACCAACACGAAAACAACAUUACAGUAUGUAAAGAGGCAGCAUUGUGCAUGUUUUUCUGCAUAAAGGCAAGAGCAUUUGUGGCACUAUCAUCUAACUGCACAUUCUCGUGCCAUAGCUGAUAACUGCAAUGUUAUUAAAUCAUGUGGCGCAAUCAACGCGGUCACACAGCUUCUAGUUCACGAUAUGUCACUGCAGACGCAGAGAGCCGUGACCAACUCCGGGCUGGUGAAACUUCUAGCUAUUCCAAUCUGUUUUUGCCGCAAUAGCAAUUAUGUGGACGCUGUAGGCGCAUUUCCGCCGUCGCUGUAGCCAUGAUGUUCCAGAUUAAUUCCAGGGGCGAUAACGACGUUGGCGUGUACUGUAUGCUGUAAAGUAUGUGCGAGUGAAAGCGUGUGAGGAUGGGUCGACGAUGCCAUUUGACGAACUCAACAUUUAAUGAAGUACAUUCUAAUUACAACCUCCCAAGUGUACGUACAUGCGCCGGCCACUAGCGUGAAGCGCUGAAAAGUCUGCUGUUGUGAGCGAAAAAAUUCAUGUGGGAGGCUCGUUGGCUAGGUGUGCAGCAUGUGAACAGCUGUUCCCCCCCUUUUUUUAUAUAGAAUUCCCUCCCUGUUCAUGGCACAGUAUGGAACAGGAAUUCACCUUUCUGUCAAGAUGGUGCAAUUGACAAGGGAGUUCCAGCUUUGCAAUAAUGUUGUGAGGUACCAUGCACUUCCAGUGCUUUUCAAGUAUGGAUAGGCACCGCACAUCUUUGUUGUGCCAUUGGAGUAUAGAAAAAAGCCGAUUUUAAGCUAAUUCUUGCACCCUCACUGCCAACACAACAUCACGUAUACUUCGUGUAGCUUACACAAAUGCAUGCCAAAGCUAUGAAUUACAUGGAUUAGUAGUUUGCGUCCGAGCCGCUAACUGAUGUCACCAUUUCUUCCUACGCUCAUGCUGAAAGGAAAUACUAAUAAAGUGUUACGCACGCACACUUCUUUGCAGUACAAACGAGCAUAACUUGUCGGUUUAAGUAAACCGCUCCUCGAUGAUGGGACACAAAUCUGUGUCCGCCUCAGACAGAGGAAAAAUCUCGUCAUGUUAACGACUUCCAGCAUAAAUAACUCUCGAUGUGUGUCACAAUGUAACACACGUAGGAAACACUAUGGAAGUAUUCAACAACAAACUGAAGGGAACAUGAUGAAUAUGGCCAAUCAUUCAAAGAGGUCAAAUUCUAUUAAAAGAAUUGUCGCACGACACCAUUUGAGCAAGCACAGUAACAGCACAGUCCACAUAGCAUGUCUUCCAGUGCAUACAGAACAACAAACUGUUGCCACAAAAGUUUGAGUGCGUUCCUUAACAGCUUAUGCUAUCGAAACCUAAGCUGCAUGCAUUUCUUGGUUUCGUUCAUGAGUGAACAUGACCUCGUAGGGGCACAUGGAAAUACCCGGUAAUAAGAAGCUUGUCUUUGUCAGCCAUGCAACAAAAAUCGGACUUUCUCAGUCACAGCAAUACAGGCGACACAUUGAGAUACACAUGAUAAUGCAACAUAGAUCGUAACGUAUCAUUUAACCAAAUAAGGUGACCAGCGAAUUUUGAAACGCACCUAAAAACAAAAAACUUCGUAUGAUGAGCCCCACACUGCUUUUAACACAAUGCUUAGUUUCCGUUGUAAAUUUAUUUUCAAAGUUGUGCAACACAAUAGAAGGGAAUGAAAUUUAAAUUUUGUCAGCCACUCAAACGAGGAACAAUUGCGCAAGUUGCACUUUUUAACAUGAACCGCAUAGUUCGAGUUCGCAAAGGUGUUGCAAAUAUGCUGCCAAUUUAAUAUUGUACAUCAUCAAGCGUACUUAAUGUGCAGCAAUGCUACGUAAGCUGUACCACGUUUGAAGGUCAUUGUUGGGUGUCAUUCACACUCAGGUACAUAUAAUCGUGUUAUGUUACACGUCGUGGCGACCUUCUUUCAUUAAGCUUUCCGAAAUUACCUGUUAGCGGAUUUGUAGUAAAAUUUGCCCCUAUGUUACGCACAGGUGCCAUUUUUCUUGUAAUACCGCAAUUUUUAUUUCUUCUUAGGGUUCAACACAUUUCAAUGCGAUUGCUGUGAUGGUGAUGUUACGCAAGCGACUUGUACAGUUUGGAUACACUUUAAAUGGAACCUCUGGUGUUUGUGUACAUUAGGAUGUUUUAAUAUCCAAAUGCCGCUGACAUUACUGUUACCAGUGGAAUGGCAUAAUUGGCUUAGAAGCUCAUCCGUAAUUUCAAAUUGCGAAUAAACCUUCGAUUGCUCAGACACAGUCAGCACUGCAGCAUCGAUAUUUUUUGAGCCCACUGUGCAAGGCAGCUGACAUGCCCAAACACAACACCGUGUGCUGCAGGUAGACAAAGAAAAGCAUCGGUUGUGACGUAUCUCACAAUGAUGAUUGCUGGCCAUCGACUCGUGCAAAAGGGUCCUAGCUUCGUCGUUUGUGGUCUAGGUGGUCGUGUAGUGUACGACAUCACAAACACGGGAAGCCAAGUGCAGAGUUAUACAUGCGUGGGCAUGGCCCGGGAGCAUGCAACCAAUAUUUGAGGUUCGUGAUAAGGAAAACUAAUUCAUGUUUAGUCACAUCGUUUGGCAUGAACAAUUAAAGUGCAAAAGGGAACGUAUACUCAACAUUUCUAUUUCAAGGCCAGAGGACAUAGAAAAAUUUCCCACGUUGCCCUUUCAGUGACCAUUUUCAAUUGGCUGUGAGAAUGACCUCCCUAUUAGAUAUAUGGUGGAGGCUACAAAAUGCUUCAACUAUUUAAAAAAAAGGUAGUACGCAGCACUUUCACAUGUUUAGAAACUUCUGCAACAUUGCAGGUUAGGAAAGUAUUACACAUUCACCUCGAAGUGACGCUUUUGUGUUAUAAGAAGCAAUCACGUGCGAUUACACCCAUAAAAAAAUACUGCUCCUCCACAUACGGUGAAGGUAUCAGUCCCACUUUCAUUGAGCAAAAAUUGUUCUUGCAGCCUCCAUGCAUUACAAUUGCUUCACGCAAACCUUUCGUGUAUGUGUUUGAAGAAAGCUGUUGCUCCUCGAAGAUUAGCAAUUGCACACUACAUGGCUCAUACGAACACUUGCAGUAGACAUCCUUGCUCUACAGUGGUGCAACAGAGUUGAUACCAAGUUGAGAAGAUUCUGCCGAGGGAAAUGCGAGACUGGACCCACUACCACGUCACAGCUAUGAUACUAACGGAAUUUCACAAGGCCGACAGUACAGCAACAAUUGAACAACAGUUCUGGAUGACGCAUUAUUGACAACAAAGUAGCGACACGAUGCACACGAUGGUGUGGUGAUGACGGCGUUACGGCCACUGAACGUCAACCAUGAAAUGUUGAAGCUGUGUAGGAAAUAUGAUGACAAUGGCCUAACACACACACAGCGAGAUGACAUGAUGCUGGAAUUCAUGAACCUGGUAUGCUGACAAAAACAGGAUGACAAUGGUGUCAUCACAAGAUCAAAGCCAAUGAUGGAGAUGGUAUUGUGCGAUUCUGACUCAGAGAUGCGGGCACAAUGAAUGCAACGGCAUGCCUGAUGUAGGGUAGCAAAGUGGACUCAGUCUGGUUAAAUUCCCUGCCUUUCCUUCUUCCCUUUGUCUCUCUCUGUCUUAUUGAAUAAUAACAGCUGAUUUCACGGUAUGACGACAACGGCAUAGGCAGCAGCACGAUAUGCAAUGGAAAGGCGGUGAGAGUGAUACUGAAAAUGACACAAAUACGAUGAAGUGACAAGAAAGAAAUCACAACAGCAUUAGGGGGAUGAAGUAAUGGUAACAUCGCAACUGCAUGCUAUAAUGCCAUUACGCUAUGAUGCUGGGAUGUUGCAAUGAUGUGCAACCAUUCUUACUGCUCUUCUUUUCUCAGUGUUCAUGCAAGAUGCACGGUGCAUUACAUUCAUGACUGUCAACAGAAAGCGAGAACACCACAGCUACACAUACCCACACUGCACGACACACAGCCACACAGGUGUCGCGUCUCGGAAGCAGUAAACUGCUAGCUUCAGCCAAAAACACAGCACACAAGCUAAACUGCGAGUACGUGUACCCACACUGCACGACACACAGCCACACAGGUGUCGCGUCUCAGAGGCAGUAAACUGCUAGCUUCAGCCAAAAACACAGCACACAAGCUAAACUGCGAGUACGUGUACCCACACUGCACGACACACAGCCACACAGGUGUCGCGUCUCAGAGGCAGUAAACUGCUAGCUUCAGCCAAAAACACAGCACACAAGCUAAACUGCGAGUACGUGUACCCACACUGCACGACACACAGCCACACAGGAGUCGCGUCUCAGAGGCAGUAAACUGCUAGCUUCAGCCAAAACACAGCACACAAGCUAAACUGCGAGUACGUGUACCCACACUGCACGACACACAGCCACACAGGUGUCGCGUCUCAGAGGCAGUAAACUGCU